GGACGUUCUAGUCACUUGCGGCGUGAUUUCGUGCUUUGUACCCGUGACCAUGCUUCGUGCGUUCGCUACAUUACGUGGUACCUUGGCUCCUGUUAGACACAGAGUUAUUCAAAGGUCUUAUGCCAAGGAGGUUAAAUUUGGAGCUGACGCAAGAUCAGCUAUGUUGGUUGGCGUCGACAUACUCGCAGAUGCUGUCGCAGUUACCAUGGGCCCUAAAGGUCGUAACGUUAUAAUAGAAAGCUCGUGGAAAUCUCCCAAAAUUACCAAAGAUGGGGUGACAGUUGCCAAAGGCAUCGAACUGAAGGAUAAGUUUCAGAAUAUAGGAGCCAAAUUGGUACAGGAUGUUGCUAACAACACAAAUGAAGAGGCUGGAGAUGGUACAACAACAGCUACAGUUUUAGCUCGAGCGAUUGCUAAAGAAGGGUUUGAAAAGAUUAGCAAGGGUGCAAAUCCCAUUGAGUUCCGAAGAGGCGUUAUGUCUGCAGUUGAUGCUGUCGUCAAAGAGCUCAAGUCUUUGUCGAAGCCAAUAUCAACCCCAGAGGAAAUAGCACAAGUCGCAACAAUAUCAGCCAACGGUGACAAAGCGAUUGGCGAUCUAAUUGCUACUGCUAUGAAGAAGGUUGGGAAUGAUGGUACAAUAACUGUCAAGGACGGGAAAACUCUGCAUGAUGAGUUGGAGUUCAUCGAGGGCAUGAAAUUUGAUCGUGGCUACAUCUCCCCUUACUUCCUCAAUACUGAAAAGGGGGCGCGGUGCGAAUUUCAAGAUGCUUUUGUAUUGUUUUCAGAGAAAAAGAUCAAUAGCAUCCAAACAUUGUUGCCAGCUCUCGAACUGUGUCAUCAACAAAAGCGACCACUACUUAUCAUCGCUGAAGACGUAGAGGGUGAGGCCCUCACAGCUCUUGUACUUAACCGUCUGAAACUCGGUUUACAAGUUUGUGCAGUGAAGGCACCGGGUUUCGGAGACAACCGCAAAAAUACUCUUAAAGAUAUGGCAGUGGCGACUGGUGGAAUUGUAUUCGGCGAUGAGGCAGAUAUGUACAAGUUGGAAGAUGUACAACUACAAGAUUUGGGACGUGUGGCUGAGGUUGUGGUAACUAAAGAUGAUUGCCUGUUGAUGCGUGGUCGUGGAAGUAAAACAGAUGUCGACAAACGCAUUGCACAAAUCAAAGAAGAGAUGGAAGCUUCUAACAGUGAAUAUGAGAAAGAAAAAAUGCAUGAGCGUCUGGCUAAGCUGUCUAAUGGUGUUGCGGUCAUCAAGGUUGGCGGAAGUAGUGAAGUAGAAGUUAGUGAAAAGAAGGAUCGGUAUACUGAUGCACUUAACGCAACACGAGCAGCGAUUGAAGAAGGAAUAGUUCCUGGUGGAGGCACUGCUCUGCUUCGUUGUAUCCCAAUCUUAAAAUCGCUGGAAUGCAAAAACGAAGAUCAACGCACAGGUGUUCAAAUAGUUCUGCGUGCACUUUCAACUCCUUGUUAUACCAUUGCACAUAAUGCGGGGGUGAACGCGUCUGUUGUUGUAGAAAAAGUCAUGGGCAUGGGUCCAAAUAUGGGUUAUGACGCCCAGAAUGAUGCUUAUGUCGACAUGAUCGAAGCUGGAAUCAUUGAUCCCACCAAAGUAAGUGCAUCUUUAGUAAUUUGGAUAAAUCUGGGUAUAACCGGUUUAAUUAAAUGCGGCCUCUUCCAUUUUAGGUCGUUCGAACUGCUUUGGUUGAUGCCGCUGGCGUUGCUUCUCUAUUGACGACUGCAGAAACCGUGGUAACUGAUUUACCGAAAGAAGAGACAGGAGCAAACGCUGCAGGAAUGGGUGGGAUGGGAGGUAUGGGUGGUAUGGGUGGUAUGAUGUAGUAGCGAACUACACACGUAUUUUGCAUUUCGACACUACUUGACGAUGUGAUUACAUUGUAGUUGGUUAAUUUUCGUAGAUAUUCCAAUUGUUCAAAGUCCCUAAUCUUCCCUCAAAUAUAUAUUGAUUUUAUUAAGAUCGUUAUGCUUCUGUGAUUAGACAGGAAUUCGUUAGUCAACGAAUUAGGUGGCGUUGAUUCCGUUAGUGCUGUGUGGUCUUUCGUAUAUUAAACUGUUUUGGCAUAUAAUUUGACUAAAGAUUACUAUUCUGUCUUUGUUUACCUGUUGUGUUGUACUAGUGUAAGUGAUCCGCUUAAACGACCUCGGUUAGUUUUAUUUUUAGGGUUUUGUGAUAGUAUUUAACCGAAAAUGUUACGUUUCAUGUUUUAGCCCAGGUGUGUAGACCUAACAUACUACCUUGCAAGUCUCAUCCCCGCCAGCGGGCUCGCUUCUGACCAAAUCGGGAAGUUUGGUUGGUUCAUGCUAACAUGUAACGAAGUGUCGUGUCCGUCCCCAAACGGUUGCCGUAUUUACUACGCAGCUGUCCACCCUGCCCUUCAGUCAAACGUGCACAGUAGCUAUUAAAAGUAGAAUAUACAAGGCUGCCACAUGCGCCUUAAUUAUUUAGGCACAGAGAUGUUUGUAGAAUCUCACCGAAUGCGUAUGCGCCACACUUCACUCGAUAUGCUUGAGGGCCUGGGUGCCCUAAUCGCACAUUGUAACUUCGUGUUAUCAGUUUCGUGAACAACACCCCCGCUGUGAAAAGACAGUAGGACUUCCCUGGAAGCGGUUGUAUACGCGUGGUCAUGUGAGAGCAUUUCGAGGAGAGUCGACUCUCCACCCUUGGACGUGCCAUGGCAUUCGGGUGCAAAGCUAAUGAAUGUGGACUAGCAGAUAGCCGAUUUUGGUGUGAUGCUGUACGUAUGGUAAACCAGUUUGCAAGAUAGUAAAGUUAUGAAUCAGACUGUUCUGCAUGGCAUCCUCAGCCUGUGGACGGCUAAUCUACGUUACAUGUCACUUGUCCAUUAGUAGGAAUUGGUGACGCUGGUAAGAUAGCUCUAUGAUCCUCCGUCUAGGCGUUUUGCGAUGUAAAUGCGAACGUUGGAAUUUUCACAGGAAAAGAUUAUUUGUGGGGUCUAGUCAAUAAGAAACAUGUUAAGCGUACAGUGAGAUAAGACUGUAGCGCAGUUAUCGAGAUAAACAGCAUCUGUUAAGUUGUAAUUUUUUUUGAAUAUAAAUGUUAUCAAUGAUUCGAAAUAGAGCUCCGGCAGUACAAGCUUAAUAGAACGUUUAUUUUUAGGAGUAUUACAUAUUGUCUGUGUACUUUUAAUUAGAUUCUCUGAAUUCUAAUUCUCAGUGCAAUGUGGUUGUUCUUCGAACUUUAAUUUAGUUACUUAGCAAGAAAAAAUCUGGACUGUCUAGUUGUGGUGUCGUGGGUAAGGUCUGAUGGGCAUAUGUAUAUGUGUAUACACUGGUUAUGAGUCUGUUAAUAAACACAAGACAGAUGCUUAAUCCCUCAGUUUUGUCAAGUUUUUCUUUUAGCCAAAUUUGAUUUCACACUUUACGGACAAACUACUUAUUUGUUCAUCACCAUGUUUAAAUUUAUAAACGAGGAAAGAAAGCACUAUUGUAUUAGGGUUGUGUUUUACAAAAUUCUAUCGUAUAAUUUGUGUAAGUGAUCAUAGUAAGCCCAUUGAAGUAAAUAUUUGUCUACUGGCUGUAAUUCAGAUGUUUAACCCACUAUGUAAAAUGAUAUGUGACUCGGAUUGAGCGCAUGUCUGCACAUCAAUUUCCAUCUAUUCUCUCACUGGUUAUAAACACAGACAAUGAAUAAUUUAUCCACAAUCUGUUAGCACUCAUAAAUAGAUAUGGGUUUUUAAACACACCCGCUUCCCUGUAUGCUAGUGGAUUUUUACUAAUUAUUAACAAUAUACUAUCUCUACAAGUGGUGUUCAGGUUUUUGAAUAAUCUCCAGUAAAUUCAUAAUACAACUAGGAGAUUUGGCCUGCGUAAUUACUCAGUUAACGGGAUACUGUUUAUUGCGGCGGUCAGAUAUAGAGGAAUUAACCUCUACAAGAUAACAGAAAUUUGACCAAAACAAAUUUGAAUCGAAAAACAAGGUAACAUAUAAUUUAAAAAUAAGUAAACUAGGACACUGUGCAAAUAAUUAUUUGAAGAAAUCAAGUAUUAUAUUUUUCACAGAAGAGGGGUAAAACAAAAAAAAACAUUUGAAAGACAUUAAUACGCCAGACAUAUACACAAACCAAAUACAG